AGGCACAGCAUCCAUCCUCAUGGGCUCACACGCUGCGUGAUCCACAUCACAAACCGAGAGCGGACGCUUUGCCCAGCCGAUGGAGUAGUAGUAGCGAUAGUAGCGUGGGUGCAGUUCACGGCUUCCCCCCCUUUCCCCCCCACCCACAUUCUCCACCUUCUUCUUUAAUGGAGUCACAUUUUAUGUGGAAUAUUUCUCCAUCUCAUCGCGAGUGACCCUGCUGUGAAUCCUGAGAACGUUAGUCUCCCGACAGGAGGCAAGAUGGCGUCUAACAACACCCUGCGCAGCUACUCCAUCAUCCCAUGUUUCAUCUUUGUAGAGCUUGUCAUCAUGUCCGGCACGGUCUUGUUGGCCUACUACAUGGAGUGCACGGACCUGUUCAGCGUCCACGUGCAGGGUUUCUUCUGUAAUGAUGCUGACCUGAUGAAGCCGUAUCCUGGCACGGAGGAGUCCAGCUUCGUCCCUCCUCUCAUCCUGUACUGCGUGGUGGCCGCUGCUCCGACGGCUAUAAUUUUCAUCGGAGAGGUGUCCAUGUACAUGAUGAAAUCAACGAGGGAAGCUCUGUUGGCCCAGGAGAAAACAAUAGUGACAGGAGACUGUUGUUACCUCAACCCCCUCAUCCGCCGCAUCAUACGCUUCAUAGGUGUGUUUGCAUUCGGUCUGUUUGCUACAGACAUCUUCGUCAAUGCAGGCCAGGUGGUGACUGGAGGUCUCUCGCCCUACUUCCUGUCUGUUUGCAAACCCAACUACACUGGCACCGAGUGUCGCUUUAAUCACCAGUUUAUCGUCAACGGCAACAUCUGCACCGGGAACCACGUGGUUGUGGAGAAGGCUCGGCGGUCGUUCCCAUCUAAGGACGCUUCGCUGAGCGUUUACUCUGCUGUUUACCUGACGAUGUACAUCACCAGUACAAUCAAGACCAAGUCCAGCCGCUUGGCCAAACCAGUGCUCUGUUUGGGCACACUCUGCUCCGCCUUCCUCACCGGCCUCAACAGAGUUUCAGAGUAUCGAAACCACUGUUCAGAUGUAGUGGCUGGAUUUAUACUGGGAUCAGCUAUUGCAUUGUUUCUGGGUAUAUGUGUGGUGAAUAACUUCAAAGGUGUCCACAGUGCAGCGGCAAAACAGAAGACUGAGGACUACCGCGGUCUGCCUCUGAUGACUUUCCCCCGUGUGGAGAGCCCACUGGAGACCCUGAGCGCACAGAACCACUCGGCAUCGAUGACAGAGGUCACAUGACUAAGGGGGCAGCACCGGGUCACGUUUGCGUCUCCACAGCACUUCCAGACACAAUGACGAGGACGCAUGUCACGUGGCUCCGAAUGCUUACAAAAACCACUCCUGAUAUAUCUGUUUAAAUCACCUGGGGGACAAAAUACACCAUGUUUGCAGUGGUUUUCAUUUAGUUGGGCUAUGCUCAGUUCAACCUCCCAAGGCACACAGAUCAGGCAACAAUAUCACAAAUCGCAACAUAAGCACAGAUUGUUUUUCCAGGUUAUUUGAGAUCAUUGAAACAUGGGACAUUUUUUUCCUCCAAGGUGUGCUGUUUGUAGUUAGAGGACGGUGUUUUGUACAUUUUGUAUGAGCGAGUGCCGUAGCCUAUCCUGACGAUGUUAAAACCUGCACACUUCCUGUCAGCUGACUCACUCUGUUUUACAUCACAUCCUGCCGGGUGAAAUGCCUUGUCAAUCACCACAUGUACCCCACUCGGUAAGAAAAAUCUGCUAUGGAAAAAAAAUAUUGAUGUUGUUGUUCUGUGGUGUUUGUCAUUUGUACAGAAAAAAGACAGAAUCCUUCUUUUUAUUAUCUCUGUACAUUAACUGACCAUGUCAGGUCAUAUUUUUUAUGGAUUUUUGUUAAUAUGUAUGACUAUUAUGAUCCAUUUGGACCUGUUUGCCUGCUGUAAACCUGGAUAUUUUUUGGUAUCAGUUGUUUGGGGAACAACUCCUCUCCCCUUAGGAGGAAAUGGCAAGGAUGAGUCACUGAAAUCCUCAGAAAAUGUGUUUUUGCACCUGUAGUGACAUGUCAUCAGGCUAAAUAUAUGAAAAUCUGAUUGGCUUAAAUGCACAGUAUCAGUGUACUUCACCCCAAUUUGCAGAUUUACUUUGGAAGCUCUCUAUGGAGAGAUCCAGAGGAGCUAGCCCAUGCCAGAUCAGCGUAAAGAUUAUAUGCUGGUAUGGUUUUCCAAUUAUAUUUACUGAAAUUCCAAUGGAAGACAUCCUUAAUAAGUACAUGGCGAAAAACAUAAGAGAUUCUUUUUAACUGAAACUGAGUAAUUUACUCAAGGCCUGGUUAGCCCUUUCACUGAAAACCAGGCUAAUGACUCCUGCUUCACUUUUCCUCCUCGAGGUACCCCUCCCUCUCCCCAACCCACCAGUGGAUUGUGAUGCAAUGUUGUGACUCCAUUUCCUAUUGGAAGAUAUGCCCAGCAUGAAGAGAGAAGUCAAGAUGUUUUAUAGAUAUUACUCAUUAUCAUUGUGAUUACAAUUGUCUUUUACUUUGAGAACAAAAAAAGGCAUUUCAGCUGAAAUGCUACAUAUAUUUUCUUUCUUCGUUUGUCCAAAAAAAUUAAAUAGUCAGUAGCAACAGUGUGUCCUCUUGUGUUUCUUUUUAUGUACCCAAAUGCUUCAAUGAGAAUGGUAACUUUUCAUUUACUUAGAAAAUAUGUGACUAACGACAAGGACAAUCCAUCUUGACAGUCAGUACUUGUAAGUUACCUUGAUGCAAGAAGUGUGAAACGUGUCUGUCCUUGUGUUUGUCUGAAUAUCCAGAGAUUUGUUUUCAUUAUUUGCUAUUUUUUUCCCUGAUUUGAGCCUUGCAAUGUCACUUCAGCUGCAUACAAAUCCUACCUCCUUUGCUGUGUCAUCUGCAUACUAAAAAUGCAGUCACAUUAUCCUUCCAGUCAACAAGUUUCUGAUUAUAGGGCAAUGGAUAAAUGUUGAUCUGAGCGAUCACAGACUGUUGGACUAUCCGCUGUGAUGUGACGUAAUGUAAUGUAUGAAACUGGAUGGGUACCCAUUAGAUUAAUUAAUUCUCCAAUACCUAAACACUGUGCAUCAUCAUUUCUAUGAGUGUUACAUACUCCUGAAUGUUAAAAGUUGAGCCAAUGUUAACUCUUGAUUUCAUUUGAAUAGUAAAUAGAUGGAUUUUUAUUUGCAAGAUGGAAGUGUAAUGCAGUUGGUCCUUAAUCACUGAAUGUCACUGGAUUAUUAGAGGAACAGCCCAAGGACAUAUUGCAUUCCUAGGUUGAAGAAAACCAAAACAGGUUUGUUAUUCAAGCACGAUGUUUGAGUCACAGGACAAUUUCACUCAACAAACGUUCAGUUCAACCAAAAUUAUUGCAACCAUAUGCAACAGACUUGCAAUCUCAUUGCCUUUGAAAUGGUUGCUUUCUAGUUAAGCACUAGAUCUGCAGCCACUUGCAGACAGUUGCCAUCUUCAAGGUGACUUUGGUAUGUUAGGAUGGCAAUAAAACGACAAUAAGACAGAGUCAGUCUACUAUCGAAGCUGUCUGUGUUAAUACAGUUAAUAAACUGUGAUAAAUUGAUGUAAAUUGCAAAUCUUUUGGUUUCUGCAUGCACAGAAAUUCACAUUAACAACUUAAAAUCAUAGACUUGAAAUGUAGAAAAUCACACAGGCUGUAACCAAAAUAUAACCUGUUGGUUAUAGCCGAACAGUCUACUGCAGAUGAGUUGUGCUCAUAGACAUAGACAGACUGACUAAGAUUGAUUGAUUGAUUGAUUGAUUGAUUGAUAGGUUGAUAAGCUUCUGAUGACAAAAGGCCACAUAUUUCCAGACAAUGUUCACUCAAAGCCUAACAUGUUAAACAUAAAACCAGUCAAUUAUUCUAAAACAGAGUUGUAAGAUUACUGCUUUUAGGGGAUAUGCAUCCCUGGAAAUUGAACUGUGAGCUGUUGCAAUGAUAUUUUUUUUAGACCAUCUGUUUUAACAGAGUGCAGCUACACCAAUGACUUCAUUGGCAUGGUGUCAGUCAGCCUAGAGUUGACUGUGAGUGUAUGCUCAGUAAAUGUAAACAUUAAUUAAUCUGGCAGUCAGUGUUUGAAUCGACCAGUCAACCCUGAGACCAUGGCCCUAAAUUUUGUGUUUAAUAAAGAACGUUUGCAGAGGCAGAGUACACCUUAAGGGUUGUUUUUGAACGAAAAGUUAAGUAAAACGAAUGCAGAUGACUGAAAUUUGAGCCUGAUCCUUCAUAUUGUUGCUUUGGGGGUGAAGUCGGAAGAAAAACGGGAUGUUUAAGUGAACCUGUGUUUACACAGGCACUCAAAAAAACACCAUAAUUAUGGCUUUAUUCUUCUCUCAUGUCAUAACUUGUGACAGGCAGCCCUUCUUUUCCCUCACACCACACCCCUGUCCAGCUGCUACCUGUGCUACCUAGAAAAGUGAUUAAAAUGAGCAUAGUUGUGCUAAAACCGCGUUAUUUAGCUUCUCUAGUGAUUCAUCCUGUUACAGCCGCGUCGACUUCACUGAUGUUUAUGUCAUAGCUAAGCAAGGCGUACACGCACAGAGACACAAAGAAAGCUGACGGCUCAGUCUGUGCACUUGCUCUUUUGCUCUGUCAGGUAUUCAUUUCAGCUGUGACAGCCUGCGCUUACCCUGCAGACACACUGGCUAAAUAGAUAGGAACUGUUUGUGUUUGUGUGUGCGGCGGUAUUUUACCAUGCCGUCUUCAUAAAAUGUCAUCGUUAGCUGUUCUGAGUAUGCCUUCCUGUCCAAAUUGCUGUCCCCUAGCAAUAUGAGUGAAGAAUAGCGACAACCAAAUGUAGUUUUCAAGGUAGGGAACAAACCUCUGAGUGGUUUGACUUUUUUUUAAUAUAUAGCUGUUGUACAUUUUUAUAAAAGAAUCUAUUAAAAUGAGCUAAAAUAAGUGACUACAGAUGAAUCUAAAUGGUGAAGCUUUUAUAAAUACAAAAAAAGGUCUGGUUUGCGGUGGCUGUCAGCCAUUGUUCUCAAGUGUCGAUUCACACUUGUCUCUCUUACCGAAGCUGGGGACUCGUAAGUGCAAGGAAAUACCUUAAAUCCUCUUAAAAUCAUUGAGCUUUUGGUCUUCCUUUGAGUCACUUGGCAGUAAAUCCACUUUGCUGCCAGAUAUAAAUGAGAUUAAGGAUUCUAAAAAAAACAGUUUGAAGUAUGUUGUUUUGCAACUAGCAGCAUCAAGGUUUUGGAGGCAUAAUAACUUAAAACCAAGGUUGAGCUAUGAGCAAGCCUCAGAGUCUUAGCAUGCCACACUCUGCUUUCUAAUUUGUACAGGAAAUAAUUUACAGACCUGUAAAAUUGAACAUUUUAAGACACUGGGGGAAAAAAGAAAUGCUGCAAGUAAGAUAAGUGCAAAGAAGAUAUUUAAUAACAGAACAUGUCCAAACCCAAAGAGAAACGAUGCAAGGAAACAGAGCCCCAGAGAGGGAGCUGUUUUGUUGUGUUCAUUUUUGAAUGCAAAUCACAUUUAAUAACGUGUCAGAGUUAAACUAGUGGUCUGUGUUCAUACAGUUACUAUUUAACAGCUGGCUUAUAUGAGGAACUGAAAAGUGUGUAUUGUUGUGUCACAAUGUUACAAGAGCACCAGUAUGACCUCAAGAGCCUGGACAGAAAGGUUUUGUUUUGGGUCCCUGACCGAGGAAAAAGCUGGAGACUGUUCAAUUUAAUCCUGUUUUAGGUUUUAUGUUGCCAGCUUGCCAUUGUUGUGAUCUCACUGUGAAAUACUUCUAGACCCUAACUCAAACUCUGACAAGUUAAGGUGACUUUGUUUAUUCAGUGUGCAUCAGUGAAGUGCAGGACAUUGUACAGUGAACCAUAAAUAAGAUUGUGUGUACGCUUAUAAUCCACCAUAAGAUGUCAACCUGGUGUUCAUUACGGAUGUAAAUGUGUCUUGCGAAAGCUUUAUCUUUUUAAAAAAUGAUUACAUCUAACCACCCCACCGACCCUUUCAAAGGCUUAUUAGAGAAAUAAAUACCCCUAACCAACACAAACACGCUACCAAAGGCAAGAAACAUCAGUGGUAAUAGCUGAAAGAUACAAGGUUUCAGCAAGACACACAAACAUAAAGACUUAGAUGACUGGGUUCAACCUCAGGUCAUUUGACACUCUCAGCGAGUCUUAAAAGACUCAGGUGAAUUAGUCUAUUAAGCUUAAAUACCAAAGAGUCCUCAUAUCUGUGAUCAGGCUUAACGUCAUAGCAAGCAAAUCUGUACCCUUGGAAAAAUCAGGUUUUAGGGGGGAAGGCAUGGCAGGGACAAAAGGAAGAAAUAAACAGGAAAAAAGGUAAAAGAACCAGAUAGGCAUGAAAAGGAGUUAAAGAAAAUGGUAAUAUAAGGGAAGUUGAGAGGGGAAAGGAAUUGCAAAGCUCUUUAGUGAUACAACAGAACAGAUUUGGUUCAAGAUCCCUGGUUCACCCUUAUCCAGCACCUCUCAUCUAAUUCAAUCUCAUGUUCCAGGAGUGAGAAAAUGUCCUACUUGGAAUUGCAGAGCAGGAUCUGAUCA